GUCACAGUGGACACACGCGUCAGGGAGGACGCCACGGGCCCGGGGAGCGCCCGCCAGAGCCCCCGAGCGUUCCUCUGCAAGAUCCCUGUCGCGAGGGGCAGGGGUCCUUGAGGAGACACUUUGUCCUUGGUCUCUGUGUCUGCUGCGUGCAGUUCAGUCUGGGUUCACUGGGUCACCUUGAGGUUGCAGAGGGACGCAGGCGAAAGUCGUGGAAGUCACAAGCCACUUCUGAAGGCGUAAUCUGUCCGUGUGAAAGCGUGUCAGAGAGAAAAUUAGGGCAAACGAGGACGUGGCGGGUGCAAUGGAAGAAGAGGACGAAGAAGAGAAGAAACCCAUGCCUCAACCCCAAAGCAAAAUGAAGGACCGGCUGGCAGACCUUCUGGAGGUGUCCAGACACUUCGACCAGCAGUUCCCAGACGGGGAUGACGCCCUGGAAGCGCCCCAUGAGGACAUCUGCUUCGAGACGGACCAGCUGCUGGAGUCCCUGUACCGGGACAUCCAGGACCUGCAGGAGGACACCCGGCAGCUGAUGGCCGACGUGAAGCGGCUGGGCAAGCAGAACACGCGCUUCCUCACGUCCAUGCGGCGCCUGAGCAGCAUCAAGCGCGACACCAACGCCAUCGCCAAGGCCAUCAAGGCGCGCGGCGAGGCGGUGCACCGCAAGCUGCGCGCGCUGCAGGAGGCGGCCGAGUUGCUCGAGGCCCAGCACGGCGCGCACUCGGCCGUGGCGCGCAUCGCCCGCGCGCAGCACCACGCGCUUUCCAAAACUUUCCAGCGCGCGCUGCUCGAGUACAACCAGGCCGAGCUGCGCCAGCGCGACUACUGCAAGGCGCGCAUCCAGCGCCAGCUGGAGAUCAUGGGCAAGGACGUGCCGGCCGAGCAGGUGGAGGCGCUGUGCGAGCAGGGCCGCUGGGACGUGUUCUCCGAGAACCUGCUGGCCGACGUGAAGGGCGCGCGCGCCGCGCUCAGCGAGCUCGAGAGCCGCCACCGCGAGCUGCUGCGCCUCGAGGACCGCAUCCGCGACGUGCACGAGCUCUUCCUGCAGAUGGCCCUGCUGGUGGAGGAGCAGGCCGACACGGUGGACGUGAUCGAGGCCAACGUGCUCCAGGCGCUCGAGUACACGGGCCAGGCCAAGGCGUACGUGCGCAAGGCCGCGGAGUACAAGAAGAAGAACCCGUGCCGCGCGCUCUGCUGCUGCUGCUGCUGCCCCAGCCCCGACUAGGGCCGCUCGGCCCCCGGGGUCCUCGGGGACCGACAGCCAGGGGCAGGGGCGUCUCUCACCCUCACGGACCCCGCGCUUUAGAGAACAAAUGCGGGGGCCAAGAAUUCCCACCCAGCUCCCGCUGCGGAAGCCGUGCGCCGCCGCCGAAGUCUCUCCAGUGAGGACAAAUUCCUGCAGGUUACGUGAGGCGAUUAUAUGACAGAUGGCACUGGCUCUCUUACGGGAAGCUUCAACUAAAAGCUGCCCUGGGGUCCUCCUGCAGGGCACCCGUCAGGACGAAAUGAUCAGAACCUAAUCGCUGGCCCUGACCCCAAAACUUCCCUUGGUUUUGUUCGGUUUCCAGUGACACAGCCCUUCACCUCUGAGUCUUCGUCUGGUUUAUGCCCUGUGGUUCCCCCUGGGUGGGGGCUGGGCUUUUCUGCCCACCUCACCCACUUUUUGGCUAUUUCCUUCUCUCUCUCACUUUUCAUAUCUUUCACCAGAAUACAUUUUGGGAAGUCUUUUCCAAAUAUUUUUAAGCACUGAGUAUUGACCAAGCACUCAAAUUGAAGUAUGUAUCACUCACAGUAUAUAUAUUUUUCAUAGGUAAAAAUAAUUUAAAAUUUACUGUAUUAUGGUUGUAUAUGCACGUGUGUAAGUAUUAAAUACUAAUAUUCACUAACACCAUGUACAUAAUGACCAAUUGGUUUAACAUUAAUUUUGUAAAAUAUGGUAUAUACACGUAAAGAAACAGACACUUUUUCUGGUUACUGAUGCUGGUUUGCUUGUUUUGAGUUUAUUUCUCUCCAGCCUGCCUCUCCGUGGUCCAGUUUGGGUAAAAACUUUAUUUUGAACAAUUCUGUGCUAGUUAAAGUCAGGCGUCCAAGUGUGAGAACUGGGGGGAAUAAAAUAAUGUUCUUGAAAA